UUUGUUUAAAUGUAUGUAGCAUAAUCUGCGCUCUGUUGACACAUACAAGUGAUUUGUGUAUUGUGGAUGUACACUGUGGUUAGAAACUGUUAGUUUCUGUGUUUUGGCAACAUCUUAUUUUUUUAUGUUGUAGCAGUUAAUUUGCUGAGUGUGUCUGAUAUAAGUAGUGUUUUUUUGAUUUUUCGUCUUGUCAUUAAUCUAACAAGCGGAGAUUCCCAUCUGGCGAUCUCGCCAGGACAGGAUCUAAUCUAUAGGCAGAUGAUUAUUGUGCUUCUAUAUAUGACACGGUGUCACAUAAACAUGACGUGAACAAUCUACAGAUAAUGGUGAUUGAUAUUAUCUGAAAUUUUAUGUGCGUGGAAUGUAGUCAAAACUGAUAUUGAAUUGCUAGAAACAUGGCAACAGUCCUUGAACAGAUGUCGGCAAAGCCAGAAGUUAGUGCAGAUUCUCCAACAUUGACAAAUGACAUGCCAAUGAGUGAGCCUCAUGAUUAUGCAUCAAUACGUGCCAAGACAGCACUGAUAAGCCCAACAGAAGAACAGUAUGAGCUUUUGCUGCAGAAACUCAAAGAAAGGAUUGGCAAUGGAAGAGGAGAGACAAUAUUUGAAGUUGGCAUUGGUGAAGAUGGAGGGGAGAGUGGUCUUGCACAGAAUGAUUAUGAAGCAUCUGUUGCAACACUGAAAUCCCUUGCAGCUACACUGGAUGCAGACUGUGUCCUAUUAAGGGAACGUAAAGUGGAGAAAGGACUUACAGGCCAGUACCUUGUAAGAAGGCGAAUAGAUCAGCAGGACUUCUUGGAAAUACGGGUAGCAGUUGUGGGAAACGUCGAUGCUGGGAAGUCGACGCUUCUGGGAGUGCUGACACAUGGAGAACUGGACAAUGGGCGUGGACAUGCUCGUCAGAGGCUAUUUAGACACAAGCAUGAAAUGGAAUCCGGACGUACGAGCUCAGUUGGAAAUGACAUAUUGGGUUUUGAUAGUUUAGGAAAUGUUGUAAACAAGCCCGAGCAUGGUUCACUUGACUGGGUGAAGAUAUGUGAACGUUCUUCAAAAGUGAUAACAUUUAUUGACUUGGCAGGGCAUGAGCGUUACCUCAAGACCACAGUAUUUGGGAUGACUGGUCAUGCUCCUGAUUUUGGAAUGCUGAUGGUUGGAGCCAAUGCAGGGGUUGUAGGAAUGACGAAAGAGCAUUUGGGUCUUGCUCUUGCCUUGAGUGUUCCAGUGUUUGUAGUUGUGACAAAGAUCGAUAUGUGUCCACCCAAUGUUCUUCAGGAAACCCUUCGACUCCUAGUUCGAAUACUAAAGUCGCCAGGUUGCAGGAAAGUACCAGUGAUGGUCAAAACAAAUGAUGAUGUUGUAAUUAGUGCUACAAACUUUGUUUCUGAAAGGUUGUGCCCCAUAUUUCAAGUUUCAAAUGUUACUGGAGAGAACCUGGAACUAUUGAAAAUGUUUCUCAACUUACUUACAACUCGCGUUUCUAGCUGUGAUGAUGAACCAGCAGAGUUCCAGAUAGAUGACACCUACUCUGUACCUGGUGUUGGCACAGUUGUGUCUGGUACAACAUUAAAAGGAGUGAUCAGAUUGAAUGAUACCUUAAUGCUUGGGCCAGAUCCGUUGGGUCAUUUCAUGCCCAUAGCUGUUAAAAGUAUUCAUCGGAAGAGAAUGGUUGUCCGUGAAGUUCGUGGUGGACAGACAGCUUCAUUUGCUCUGAAAAAGAUCAAACGUUCACAGAUAAGAAAAGGCAUGGUCAUGGUGUCACCUGCAUUAAAUCCAACUGCUUGUUGGGAAUUUGAAGGUGAAAUUCUUGUACUACAUCAUCCAACAACCAUAAGCUCUCGUUAUCAGGCAAUGGUUCACUGUGGAAGUAUCCGACAAACUGCGUCUAUUCUCUCAAUGUCCAAAGAAUGUUUACGAACGGGGGACAAAGCAAUAGUCCAUUUCCGAUUUAUCAAGCACCCGGAGUACAUAAAGCCAGGACAGCGAAUGGUCUUCCGUGAAGGCCGCACCAAAGCUGUCGGUAACAUCUUGAGGCUGAUUCCCCAGGCUAACCCAGGGGCACAGGUAGCACGAUCCAAACCCAACAAGAUGCAGUCGAAGCAAAGCAGCUGCUCAGUGCAAUCACAGUCCUCUGCUGCUCCACAGUCACCUCAGCAGGUUUCACCAGUCCACAGAGCGGAUGCCGACUCGCCAUUUGAAGUGUCUGCUGAUAAGAGAGAGAAUAUGGCACAGCGAAGUGGCAGGAAGAGUAGGGGGAGGAGGGGUGGCCGAGGGAGAUCGGGGGGAGGAGGAACGGGAACAGGAACAACACCAAAACCUCUUGCAGAGCAGAAUCCUGUGAUUGCUGGUCGGAGUGCAAAAACAUAGAUAGGCUUUGGUGCCAAUGAAGAUAUUUAUUAUCUCAAAAAGUUUUUGAUGAUGUCUUCAGGUGAAUAUGAACUGUCAAGAAGUACAACUUCUUAAUUUGUCCUUUUCUGAUGAGAUUUCAGUAUUUGAAUAUGUGAUCUAGUGUUUGCUUUCAGGUUGAAAAAGGAUGUCAUACACCUUUUUGUAAUGACAAAAAUACAUUAAUUUGUUGUA